AUGGUACACCAUCCCAACAUGAGGAAGAUGGAGGAGGAGGAAUCAGAGAGCGAUACAGGAAGCUCAGCGGAGGUGACGGAAGACGACACGAGUGACAAUGAGAAGGAGGAUGAGUGGGGCAGUAACAAAGAGCUGGCAGAGACGCAGGGGAGCGAGGAGAGCAGUGAGGAGGAGGCCGAGGCUUCGGAUACCCAAAGAGACACAGAACAGACCGCAAACGAGGAGUCCGACAAAGAGGUUUCAGAAGAAGCUGAAUCAAGACGGGGAUCUGAGAAAGAAUCAGUCAGAUCUAGUGAGGAGGAGGAAGAGGACGAGGAAAACAAAAAGAAAGCUGAAGAGUCUGAGGCAGUAAGUAGUGAUGAUAGUGAGGAUGACGGGGUAACUCACGUGGUCACAACUCAAAGGCCCACUGCUCGUAGAACCAGCAGAACAGCAAAACAGACUGCAGGUCCUCCAAAGCCUGCGCAAGAACCAAAAUACAAGAUGGUCAAGAAAACAAAAGCAGAGAAGCAGGCAGAGAAGGCUGAGAAACAGAGGUUGAAAGCAGAGAAACAUAGGCUCCAGAAGGAAGCCAAAGAGAAAGCCAAAGAAGAAAAACGGAACAAAAAGAAGCAACAGAAAGAGGACAAAUCUAGUCCUGCAGCACAGGAGGUCCAACCAGACACUGCAGAAGACGAGACCCAGGCAGAAAAUGCUCCUGAAGAAGCUGAUCCAGACGAGGUAGAGGCUCAGCCGACACUCAACCAAGCACUCAAAGGCCAAAACCGAAUCAUGCUUCUCAAAAACAAAGGUAAAGAUCUGAAAGCCUUUCUGGAGCCUGAGGAGCAACAGAGCUCCAGUGGUGUCGUCAAAGGGCGGCCACAAAGCUUGCUGUUGGGGAAAAUGAAGAUAACCCCCAAACAUAAAGCAAAGCUGCUAGGUGAAGGAACGUCAGAGGGUGAAGUCAUUGAUGGUGAAUCAAGCAAACUCAAGGAACGUUUGAUUGCACAAAAAAAAGGAAUGAGCAGUCUCCACAGGAUGUCUGGUUGGCUUCACAAGAACAUGCCACGGGGGGUAAACCUGAGAAAGAAACUCUCAGCAUGGACUAGAGCCAUCAGCAUCUCACACUGGCUGUCUCUUCGUGGGAUGAAACAGAAACAAGGUCCGAGAAAGUCCAAAGGCAGCAUCCUUAAACACAGGAUGGCCAUGAGGGUUGCCAGUAAAACCAGUCUGGUUGGUAAAAAAAAUCGAGGCAAGGCAGGAGAUGGAGAGAAAGAAGGAGACCAAGCUGGGGACAGAGAGGUAGAGGCCAAAUACGCUGUGGUACUGCCCAGGAUGAACAAACUGGGCAAGGCAGAGACAUCGGAGGUUCCCCAGGUAGCUCCUGCUCAAUCAAGCACCGCUAGAUCACCAGGAGAGGCCACUACAUCAGAGCCAAAACCCCCAAAACCAGGCGCCAAGCUCGUGCUUCCUGUCAAGCCGGAUCUCAGCCUUUUAAAGUCCAUCAAGAAACCCUUACCAGGAGGGUUUACACCAGGUGGAGAUGUGGCGAGGAAGAGUCCUGGAUCCAGCGCUGAAUUGGAAGAAUCCUCCAACACUGAUGCUACAAGCAGGCAGCCAGUCCUAGGAAAUCAAGAUGGAGUAAGUGUGCUACAGGCUGCAAGAUUAAAACUGGACCCCUCCCAGAUCAAACUGUCCAAGAUCUCCUUGUCGGGAGGAGCAAUGGGUGUUGGACGGGCUCAGGCAAAAGGACCAGAACCAGAUGAGGAGGCAACACCUAGGAUACAGAUGUCCACCACUCAGCCUUUUCCAAACGGCGGAGCGAGUACAGGUGCGGCAGGCCCUCGGUCCUUGUAUGAAGAAGAGACGGACAGGGAAGUGGCCCAGUUCAUGGGGGAGGGGGGUAUUUAUGCUAUUGCUCAACCAGAGGUGCACUGGGCUGGUAACCCACGGAUGAGCGGAGACCCUCAGUCAGGAUAUAUUCAGGAGUGCAGUGUGAAAGGGGCUGGUGUAAAACCAGACAGGGCGGUUGGCCUUCCAGUUCCUGCCUCUGAAUUUGACUGGCUGCGAGCUGAAAACUUGUUGCCCCACCAGACGGUGGAGAAGCUAACCAAGUGGACGGUCUAUGACGAUGAGGGCCAGGCCAGAACUGUUCCUGCAGAUAACGGCAGGGGUCCCUGGGAGUCAGAGGACCCAACCCAGGAGAUGCUGGAGAGUCGACUAGCCAGCACACAGGUAGUGAUGCCCGGAAGCCAAAAGGCUGUAGAGGUGGAUGAGGUGGAGGACCUGUCUCAGCUGGAAGAAGUAUGUGAGAGCUCAGUGCUUCUGAACCUGAAGAAGAGGUUCCAGCGUGACUGUAUUUAUACUUACAUUGGAAACAUGCUGCUGUCCAUUAACCCCUUCAAGCCCCUGAACAUCUACACAGAGGACCUGAGAAUGAAAUACCAGGGAAGAGAGCAGCAGAGAAACCCACCACACGUGUAUGCCAUGGCUGACGCUGCUUUCAGUCAGUCUCAAGCCUCGACACAGGAGCAAUGCAUCAUCAUCAGUGGUCAGAGUGGGUCAGGGAAGACUGAAGCUACCAAGCUGAUAGUCCACUACCUGAGCUCCAUUUACCAGGGACGAUACGACACCCUGCGACAGCCCAUGGAGGUCUUUCCAAUCCUGGAGAGUUUUGGAAACGCCAAGACCAUCCUCAACAACAACUCCAGCCGCUUUGGGAAGUACCUCCACGUCCACAUUCUCCAUGGGGUUGUUGUAGGGACGUCAUUGUCCAAGUACCUCCUUGAGAAGUCCAGGGUUGUUUUUCAGGCCAAUGAGGAGAGGAACUACCAUGUGUUUUAUGAGCUGCUGGCAGGUAUGAACGCCUACGACAAACAGGAGCUCUACCUGCAAGGACCCGAGACCUAUUACUACCUAAACCAGGGCGGUGACUGUGAACUGAAGGGAAAGCAGGACAAGCAGGACUUCCAGCUUCUGGUUCAGUGCUUUGAAACCAUCGGUCUACACGCGGACCAGAUCCUAACUGUCUGGGCCAUCCUCUCAUCAAUCCUGCAGCUCGGCAACAUGUGCUUCAGCUCGUAUGAGAGUGAGUCCUUUGAGGUGGCUCGGAUCUUCAGUGAGGCCGAAGCCAGGAGGGUUGGCUCCUUGUUGCAGAUUUCCUCAGAGGCCCUACAGACCGUGAUCACUCACAGAGUCACAGAGACAACCUACGACAGGAUCUACUGUCCUCUGUCUGUGGAAAGUGCCAUAGAAUCAAGAGACGCCAUUGCCAAAGCCUUAUAUUCAGUGCUGUUUGAUUGGCUGCUCGAGCAGAUCAAUGAUUGGCUGAGCCCCACAGAGAUGGACAGCGCAGUGGGCAUAGUAGACAUCUACGGGUUUGAGGAUCUUGCAGUGAAUAGCUUUGAGCAGCUGUGCAUCAACUUUGCCAAUGAGCAGCUGCAGCACUUUGUCAACAAAGCAGUGAUCUCACAGGAGCAGGAGGAAUAUAGUGCAGAACAGAUCCAGUGGUAUCCAAUGCCAAUCAAAAACUUCCACUCCUGUCUGGAUCUGAUCUCCUCCAGACCACACGGCAUCCUGCGAAUACUAGACGACCAGACCUGCCUCCCCCAGGCCACAGAUCACACUUUCCUCCAGAAGUGCCACUACCACCAUGGGAACAGCCCCUUUUAUGCCAAGCCUAAGAACCCACUGCCAGUCUUUACUAUUUAUCACUACGCUGGAGCCGUCACCUAUCAGGUUCACAACUUCCUGAAUAAGAACCACGAUCAGUUCAGGACGGAGGUGGUGGAGCUUUUUGCCAGGAGUCGGUUAAAGAUGGUGUCGGAGCUGUUCAAGAAGGUUCAGGAUGGUUAUAUUCAGCAGAGGGAGCUGGGCUGGAGAGGGAAAGGCCUCCGACAGCAGCCUUCUACCGCUGCCUCACACUUCCUUCAGUCUCUGACUGAACUCACCACCCGCCUGGAGAGAUGCAAAACCACUUUCAUUCGUUGUCUGAAGCCAAACUACGUUAAGCUCCCCGGGGUUUUUGAUGUGGACUACAUGUCGGCCCAGCUGAGGCAUGCUGGGAUGAUGGAGACCAUCCACAUCAGGAAAGAGGGGUUCCCCAUAAGGAUCCAGUACUCCUACUUCUAUGAGAGAUAUGGUGUGCUCCUGGCUCAGCGGGCUGAUGAGGCAUCAGACAGAGAGCUUACAGUCGCUCUGCUGGACACGGUUGGUGCAGAGGAGGGUCAGUACCAGCUGGGACUCACUAAGGUGUUCUUGAAGGAGCUUCUGUUCCAGCAGCUGGAGGAGAAGUGGACCAGCACCCAGACCUGGGCCGCCAUCACCAUUCAGAGGAACAUCAGAGGCUUCCUCUGCAGGAGGAACUUUAAGUUCUUCAAACAGAAAGCCAUCGUCAUCCAGAGUCACAUCCGAGGACAUCAGGCCAGGAAGUACUACAAGCGUCUGAGAAAGUCCUUCAACCAGUUCUGGGCAGUGAUGAUGAUAACCAGAAACACCAUCAAGAGACGCCAUUGGAGGAAGGAGUUUCACGAGAAGAACAAAGUCAAGGCAGUGACGAAGAAGAAAUCUGUCUCUCCAGGGAUGGAUGUGGGGAUGUUGGAGAUCCCUGCUGAGCUCUCAGCCAGGCUUCACAAUGCCGCAGCAGGGGGGCAACACAGGUCAGGAGUCACAGUGGUGGGACCUCCACAGGUGAAGGCAGAACAUAAGCUCAGCCUGCCUCUGGAUGUAGACAGAUACCCGUUCUCUCGCUAUGCCAAGUCCAUACUAAAGGACACAUGGUGCCAGCCUCAGGGACAACCCCUCCAGAGACCUCUCACCCCUCUGGAGCCCGAAGAUGCCAGAACCGCCCUGGAGAUUUACAAACUGAUCUUACGGUUUACAGGUGAGUCGGACCUCAGCAGCUGGCAGGAGCAGAUGUUGGGAAACUACAUCGUGGAGAAGGGUCAAAGCAGGCCGGCUUUAAGGGAUGAGAUCCUGGCCCAGCUGGCAUACUACACAUGGGGUCUGCAGGAGGGGCACGGCAGUCCAAGGGGCUGGCUGCUGCUGGCCUGCUGCCUCAGUGCCUUCACCCCCUCACCAACGCUGGACAAACCCCUGCUCAAGUAUGUGUCUGAUCGAGGUCCGGGGGAGUACCGCUCACUGUGCCAACACAAGCUGCUGACAUCUCUGCAGCUUCCAGCUCCCACUGCCCGCAUUUACCCCCCCACUCAGCUGGAGUGGACCAGCAACCAAAAGGAGGGUGCCAUGAUGAUGGAAGUACACACAUUCAAUGACGAGAGGCUGACAGCUGAAGUGGAGUCCUGGACCACAGGAGAGCAGCUGGCUUCAUGGCUCCUUCAUGCCAGAGGAGUAUCUGAGGCGGGGCAGGGCUGGUCGGUGUCUCUCCUGACCGAUGACGGCUGGUCAGACCUGGCUGGUUCGGACUUCGUCAUGGAUCUUCUGGCUGGAGCUGAAGCUGAAGUGCUGCCACCUCCAGGGACCCCGACCUCUUCAAACUCUGACUAUCUGUUCAGCAGCCAGGGGGGCAGGAUGCCAUCUUCAGAUCUGGAUGACUUCAUCCCACCAGCACCUCCUGUACAAGCUCCCGGCCUGCCUCCUUAUGAAGGGGGCCUCUGGGCCAGAGAUUAUCCACAAGAAGGCCGUGGUCGACAGAUGGAUGCCUACGUCGAUGACUUGUUCGACCCUGUGCUGGACAACGGACCCCCUGACACGGAUAGAGUCGCCAUGCUGCACAGGAGGAUGAGGGGAGGAGGAGGGAUUGGACCCAUGCAUGGCAUGUAUGGAGCAGGUGUACCGAUGACGAUGCCAAGUUACCCCAUGGGAAUGCCCGCCUAUGGGGCAACUCCCAUGAUGCCAACAGCCAUGCCAACCAUGCCAGCCAUGAUGAUGCCUCAGGCUCCAGUGGCUGCCGCUCCUGUUGCUGACCCCAUGCAGAUGGCUGCCACACAACAGGCCCUCAUCAACCAGCAGGCCCUCUUCAUGGCCCAGCAGAUGACCAUGCAGGCCAUGACUCUGUCCCAGCAGCAGACCCAGGAGCAGCAGAGGAAGCAGAAGAAGGACCAGGACAGGAAGCAGGAGGAGGACAGGGUGCAGAGACGUCAAUCAGAGCGACGGUCCAGGCAUCGCUCACCGUCCCCUCGAUCUCCGUCACCCAAACCUGCUCAGUCCAGAGCGCCUGCUCCUGCACCUCAACGUACAACCAGCUACAGGCAGCCAAGGCCGGAGCCAGAGAGAUCAGAGGAUUCUUCAGAUCAAGGUGACCGGCAGUCUUUCAGAGACAAGAGGGACUACUUCCAGAAGAAAGGCUUUCCGCCCCACAGUGAACCCAAACCUCAAAAGUCUCGUCCAGCUCGCUACAGCCCACCCAGACAGCAGCACCGCUCCCCACCAUCACCUAAGUCCUCACCUCCACCUACUGCACCAAAGCCUAGGGGGACGCGUCCUCGCUCCCCUCCUGCCAGAGAGAGGGACAACCCAAAACCAGCACCAGUCCCUCAGACUGACCCUCAGCAGGAGCCCACCUCCAGCAUCCGGGACAUCAUCAAAAUGUACAACAGCCGACCCCAGCCUGAACCCAAACCCUAUGAGCCUGUCAGACAACCUGUUCGACAUUUUGUAAAGAAAAGUGACCCCAAAGAAGAAGCUCUGGCCAAACUCAGAAACAAAGCCCCGGUGUCACAACAGAAGAAACAUUGGACGCCUCCUCCACCUGUCUUACAACCGAAGAGGGAACGGCCUCCUCCUCUGCCCAGGACGCCCUCCCCUCAGUCCCCUCCUCGCUCUGACAGUGGUCCCCGUGUCAUCUCCAACAGCAUGAGGGAGAAACAGCGCUACCUGCAGGACCUGUUCAUUAUCAAGAACUCCCAGGAACAUCCACCUUCUCCCUCUGACUCCCCGUCACCACCUCCUUCUCCUCCUCCACAGCCUGCUCCAUUCCUCCAGAACAUCCCGGACCCUCCGCUCAUGCCUGCCCCGUCUCUCUACACAGAAGUGGUACCAGAUGAGGACGGCGUUCGCUCAAAGCUCCACCGUUUCUCUCCUGGUGCCCACUUGUCUUACUCCAACAUGCCAGGGAAACUGUUCCUGCGAAAAGAAGUGUUUUACCCCAAAGAGAUGUUCAACCGGCCCUACGUCCUCAAUCUGUUAUGUGAACAGAUUAUGAGGGACACAUACUCUGACAGCUGUCUGAGGAUCAGCAGAGAGGAGAGGAGGAAGAUGAAGGACCUGCUGGCGAACUUCAAUGUGGGAACAACGAUCAGCACCAUCGAGAAUGACAACAUGAAGAAGAGGAUCGUCAUGGCUGCUCGGGACAACUGGGAGAACUACUUCUCACGCCUGUUCCCUGUGAAGUUGAAUAGUGGAGACGCUCAGUUGUUAGGCCUGUCUCAUCGAAGCAUCCGUCUCCUGAAGGUGGUCAGAGCUUCGGGCAUCAACCCCAAACACCUCCAUCAGCUCAAGAGCUACAGUUUUGCAGAGGUGCUGUCGGUGGACCUGCAGGGUGCAGACAGAGUGCUGCUGGAGCUGAAGAGUGAAAACUUGGUCCUGCAGUCGCCCAGAGCUCCUCAGAUCACCGCCAUGAUCCGGUUCUUCCUCCAGGAACUCAUCAGGGACUCGGGACAUGUGGUCGCUCUGAAGAGUUUCAUGACUGAUGACAGAAGUCUGCUCAGCCUUAACAGGGGUGACAUCAUCAAACUGCAACCGAUGCAAGGACUGCAGACAGGCUGGCGUUUUGGAACUUUGGGAGGACGCUCUGGUCUUUUCUCAGAGGAACUCACUCAGCCGUCUGCAGCCCCGGACUACCACUGUCUGCACCUGAUCCAAAGAGACAACAGGAGGAAAAGCAUGAGGGGCACCAGACCGGUCACUUCAGACAACCGUCCGACUCCAGGUCCAGUCUUAAGACAGACAGGCAGUGCUGAACCGGAGCAGCCCGUCAGAGAGGCAUCAAUCCAGGGAUCACUCAGUGGCUCCAUCCAUGAGCUGGAGGAGGAUCUUUCAACCAUGGCUGAGUUUGCCUUGAAGUACUUCAGAUUGAGCAUUCUGUCAGACAACAGGAGGGACUUUUCAGAGGCUGUUCAGUACACAGAUAAGCCCAUCCAGGACUCCCUGAUCCUCUACAAUGAUUCUGAGAUGACUUAUCAUUCCAUACAAUGCUUCACCAACCUGAUGCAGUUUAUGGGUGACAUGCCUCUGACGAAGAAAAACACAGAGAAAGACUCUCUGAACCACAUCUUACUGCUGGGGAAAGAGAAGGAGCAGCUGAGAGAUGAGAUCUACUGUCAGGUCAUCAAGCAAACCACCAACAACCCCACCAAAUCGACCUGCACUCUGGGCUGGCGACUCCUCAACCUGGUGACCGGGUUCUUCCCCUGCUCUGGUACUCUGCUGCCGUUUGUCACACAGCACCUGCAAGACAUCACUCAGGACUAUGAUCACCCGUACCAAGAGCUGGCAGGCGUGUGUCUCGAUAACCUUCAGCUGUCUCUCAGUUGUGGCGGUCGCCGCAACGUCCCCUCGAGUGUAGAGAUGGCGGCCAUUAUGGCUGGAAAAACGUCUCGUCGUAUUCCCAUCGAGCUGCCGGGAGGAGUCAGCUUCCCCGUCAAGAUACGCAGCUUUACUAUUUCAGCAGAAGUGGUGACAGAGCUCUGUAAGGAGAUGGGAAUCGCUUAUCAGGCAGAAAUCAAAGAGUUCUCCAUCAUGGUCAAAAGACUGCAAGAUGGGUUGACGCGUCCCCUCCAUCCUGAAGAGUAUCUGUCCGACUUCGUGCUGGACGACAACUCCAUCUCCCUUUCCCUGAAAAGACUGAUGUGGAGAAACCCUCUGAACUUUAACAGCGACCUGUAUGUGGAGUUCCACUACCAGCAGCUCCUGGGUGACUACCUGAGUGGGCGGCUGAUGCUUCCUCCAGCUGCAGGGGGUUCCUCCUCGGCUCAGCAGGUAGCAGAGCUGUCGGCGCUGCAGCAUGUGGCUCUAGGACUGACUGACCCUCCUUCACUGGGGGAGAUGAAGGAGUACCUGCCGAAACAGAACGGGCUGGAGAGUCAGGUGGAGGAGAUCCUCUCCUUCUGUCAGGGACAGAUAGCUGCCAUGCACUCCUUCCCCCCUCAGGAUGCCAAAAUGCAAUUCAUUGAGAUUCUGACCACACUCCCGAUGUUCGGCUCCAAUGUUUUCGUGGCCAAGAAGGUCAGCCAGCGUAGCUGUCCAUCUCCAUGCAUUGUCAGUAUCAGCCAGCAGGGGGUGCUGUUUCUUAACCCUAAAACACAGGAGCAAGUGUUUCACGUUCCUCUGGAAGAGCUCCAGUCCAUGAAAACCAUCCGCCAAAAGAAAAAAGGCAAAGCCCCGGCUGUGGAUAUUCAUUAUGGCAGCCCUGUCCAUCCCAAAAAAAUCACCCUUCAUCUCAAUCAGGCUAAAGAGUUCUGCCACAUCCUCGCUGUGAUAUUGGAGGAACUGACCCGGCAGUCAGUCAGCAGCUCCAUCUCAAACCGGCUGUAACAGCACACAGACGAGUGGUUGAUCUCCGGCUCCUCACUGCCUUCAUGUAUACUGCUUCUCUUAAUUUAUCUUUUCUUCUGUGUAACUUUGUGUCAUUGAUAAAAUGGGCUGAUGAGAAACAUGAAUAUGCACACAAACAUGCUUAUGCCAGUGAUUACAGAAUGAAGAGGACGCAGAGGAGAGGAGUGAUUCACCGGGUGUUGUACGAAUGAAUCAGUGUUUUAAAAAUGUUCCUUUAUGAUUUCAAUAAUUUUAAACUUUGUGAAUAAUUAUUAUAUAGGAAUAUUUUAAUGAUGUCAUGUAAUAUACGUGCAUAAUUUAUAAGCAUUAAAGAAACAUGCUGAUUAAUCUGAUCUCAUGUUAAUUCUCCAUUGGUGUGAGUUAUCUUCACAGACGAUGGUUUCUGUUUGAAGCACAUUAUAAAGGUUUAUGUGAAUCUCUGUCCUAAACUGGAUCUGGUCUAAUCUUUGGGAUUGUGUCCCCUGAUGUGGUCCAGGGUUCAGCUUGAAUCCACAAUAGCCUGACACUCAGCACUCCUUUGAAAUGAAUGUUUUUAAACAAU